AUGACUGACACCUGGUCGGUGAAUAUCUUUGAACGUUACAUUUAUACACGUUUGCCGCUACCACAUGACAAUUCUACGUCUACACACAGCGGCACAGACAGUAAUGUCACAGAUAGUAACGGCACAGACAGUAACAUCACAGACAGUAACGGCACAGACAGUAACAUCACAGACAGUAACGGCAAAGACAGUAACAUCACAGACAGUAACAUCACAGACAGUAACGGCACAGCCAGUAACAUCACAGACAGUAACAUCACAGACAGUAACAUCACAGACAGUAACAUCACAGACAGUAACGGCACAGACAGUAACAUCACAGACAGUGACGGCACAGACAGUAAUGGCACAGACAGUAACAUCACAGACAGUAACAUCACAGACAGUAACAGCACAGAUAGUAACAUCACAGACAGUAACGGCAAAGACAGUAACAUCACAGACAGUAACGGCAAAGACAGUAACAUCACAGACAGUAACAUCACAGACAGUAACGGCACAGACGGUAACAUCACAGACAGUGACGGCACAGACAGUAACAUCACAGACAGUAACGGCACAGCCAGUAACAUCACAGCCAGUAACAUCACAGACAGUAACAUCACAUACAGUAACGGCACAGACAGUAACAUCACAGACAGUAACAUCACAGACAGUAACAUCACAGACAGUAACGGCACAGACAGUAACAUCACAUACAGUAACAUCACAGACAGUAACGGCAAAGACAGUAACAGCAAAGACAGUAACAUCACAGACAGUAACGGCACGGACAGUAACAUCACAAACAGUAACGACACAGACAGUAACGUCACAGUAAUGUCACAGAAAUGUAACAGACAGUAA